CCGGCACAUCCCAUCAAGUUUUGCCUCUGUGAACACGUUCCCGAUCUCUGAAGAUGGUUUUACGAAAAGAAUUUCGGAUAGUUUUGCCACUAACUGUGGAAGAGUACCAAGUCGCACAAUUAUGGGCUGUGGCCGAAGCGAGCAAGAAUGAAACAGGAGGAGGUGAAGGAGUCGAGGUGAGGAAAAACGAACCCUAUGAAAAGAAAGAUGAUAGUGGCAACGUCAUCGAGAAGGGGCAAUACACAAAUAAAGUUUAUCAUUUACAACAGAAAGUUCCAGGUUAUGUAAGAGCAUUAGCACCAGAGGGUGCAUUGGAGAUGGUGGAAGAAGCAUGGAAUGCUUACCCUUACUGCAAAACGGUCAUUACUAAUCCCGAUUACAUGAAGGAAAAGUUCUCCCUAACCAUUGAAACAUGGCAUAAACCAGACAGAGGAAAGCAGGAAAAUGUUCACAAACUGCCACCCGCUCAAUUAAGUAAGCGAGACGUUGUACAGAUUGAUAUAGCUAACGACAAAGUUAAAGACUGCGACUAUGAUCCAAAGACAGACCCAAAGAUAGUGAAAUCUCAAAAGUUGAAUCGAGGACCUCUCAACACUACUGACUGGAAGAACACCUGUGAGCCUCACAUGUGCGCAUACAAACUGGUAACAAUUGAAUUUGUGUGGUUUGGACUACAAAGUAUAGUAGAAAGCUGGAUUCAAAAGGCCGAGAGGAGAGUAUUCACAAAUUUUCACCGUCAACUGUACAGUUGGAUGGAUAAAUGGGCCGGUCUUACAAUGGCCGACAUCCGUGCACUUGAAGAUGAAACCCAAGCAGAGCUAGAUAAAAUGCGUAAAGAGGGCGAGGUGAGAGGCACCAAAGAAAAAUGAUCACAGUCCGAUGGCUCCGGGGCUAAUCUUCAAAUUCCAUGUAAAAACAAAAUAAACACAUGCAAACAAAUCACCUCAUGGGCGCUGUGGCCCAAAGUGAAUAAUAUCUUUAAAAGAAUUUUUUUUGUAGCAAUAAGAAUAGAUUAAAUUAAUGUUCUUGCUCCCGAAUCAAGCUUCUGGUUGUGUAAAGUACCUAGACUCAAUUUCAACUUACUGCUAAGAACGUGACAAUUUUGCUAAGCAGGAACAGAUUACAAGGCAAAAUUACCUGUCCUUGAGAUUGCUUUCACUGGUUCCCUACCAUUGUUUUCCCUUAGCAGAUAAAGAUAAACAUUUUCUGCUUAUCAGUUGUGAAAAUUGGGUCCAGAUUAUCAUGUUAAACUAAAUAAUUAUGUCCUAAAAGUUUGAAGCAAUUUUUGUGUGGUUCUGUAAGUAUCAGCUAAAAUGAUUGUAACACUUAAACCAAAUAUUUUAUGAGCCAAUAAGAAAGUUUAGUUGUUGCUGUCACAUUAUGGUGGGUUUUCUUGUUUCGUUUUAUUAUUAUUCCUUUGAAAUGUACUCAUUUUCAUGUACAUGUAUUAUUUGUUUGAGACAGAUACUGUUAUAGUACAUGACUAAUGGCAUUGUAUACAUAUGUAAGUCAUUUUCUCUGGGUUACAAACUCUGCCUUUGGGGUUUGAAAAAGGCAUGGGUUAUUAUUUCUUUUUUUUUUAAAGAAAUUGACACUUUUAUAAUUUGCUGUUUUGAAUGGCAGCUUUCUUGGUGGUCACAAAUAAUAUUCCAAUUUGCAAUGUGCUGUAACUUCUAAUCUCACAGGUUUGAAAAAGCUCAAAGAUCCUAGUCUGUUUUGACUUGAAAUUAUUUAUUGCUUGCAGCCAAAAGAAGGUAUAAAUUCAAUAAUCCAUCGCAUGUGGAUCAUCUCUUACGAAGAGGUAGUAACUGAAGUUUCAAAUGAUUUUUUUUAUGUCAUAAGCUAGCUUCAAAAUAAGUACAAUAUUCUUAUAAACAGUUUGUUGCGUAAAAAAGGACAGCUUAAAAAGCCUGGUCCAUACUUCCUACAUAUGUGAUACAAAUUUUGACUUGACAAUUCGCAAUAAAUAGUUUGCAACAGCAACUCCUGCAAAACAUUUGCUGCAAAAACAGCAGUGUGACGUCAAAAUUUGCUUUGCAUUCGCAGGAAGUACAUGUAUGAACUGGGCUUUAAUCUGCAUUAUUUUGGUACAUUUACAUGAACACAUUUAUACCUAGUCCUACCUUUUACUUCACAUCACUCAAAUUGAUUGUUUAAUUUAUUAUUAUCGUUAUUUGCUAAUUAGUUCCUAAUUCCAUUCAUAAGUAUGGGUACACUAAAUGGUAUUUAAUUUCUCCUCUAAAUAUGCAGAAGAAAAUGCAUGAAAAAGUUUAUUAAGUGUAAAGGUAUCAAAGAUAUGUGUAUGUAGUGAAGAUCUGUGUGUGUGAGAUUGUCUCCUGGGUUCACACGGAAGACUUAAAUAAAUGGGAUCGGGUUGGAUUAGCAGACUGAGGGCAUUCACACUGAGUUUAUGUCCAAACAAAAUGAAGUCUUGAUUUACUGGGUCGACGAAAUGUGUGGUGGUGUUUUGAUGGUGUUGUUGGUAAAGCAAGUGUAUUGGGAAAUGGAUAGCUGCAUUUUAAUAACCCACAUGACAUAAAUGUAAUGGUUUAUUGUUUUCAAAGUGUAAAUGAAAAAGUGGAUUUUUAUCAACGUGUAAUGGUUUUAGCUUGAGACAUCAUGGUAAAUUAAAAGUAAGGCUUAAGUCUGUAGGAUGGAAGAGCUUUGUGUGACCGGCAAAAUGCAUCAUUAAUUGUCAAAACAUUGUAAAAGCUCACCUGAAAUGAAAACAAUACCCUGGCACUCGCCAAAUUCUGGGAAUUGAGGACAGCAAAAUCUUUGUAAGCUCCGCCCAUUAUCUAAAACCUCGACCAAUGAAGUUGAGCGAUUCCAUGUGUGGACUGUCACGUGAUUUGCAGUUGUGCACUUAAUUCCAAACGAUGAAGGGUCAGUCGCCAUGUGUCAAAUGGUUCCCAAGUACAGUACGUGGAUUUACUCCUGAGAUGUGCACAAAUUGAGGACUAAUUUGUGUCUCGUUUUGUGGGGAAUAUGAGGCAAUUUCUGGACUUAUGUGAGUGUUGAAUUUGCUCACGUUUUUGUCGACCUGAUGUCGCUGUGUGGAUCAUUAUGUUGUCCAGUUAUCUCACGUCGGACAUUUUGGCAGAGGGUCCACCAUGUUUCAUGCCUUGGAUAGGUGAUGAGAAGACCUUUUUGGUCGUUAAAGAUACCUGCAUAUCUCAAAAGGUAAGCCUGGUUUAUCAGAGCGUGUCAAAUGCUAAAAAAAGGCUCCGUAUUUUAGAUAUUGUGGUUCUGUCAUGGGCAGUAUUGUAGUCAAAACCUUUGGUAAACCGUGCUUUACAAGUGCGUGUGCGACCCCCAGACGUCAAUCAUACACGAAGGGCGUACCAGCUGGCUGACACCUUGGUGUUUUGCAAGCAUGGCGAUGUUUUGUUUUCUACUUCUGUAAAAAUGUUUUUCGGAAUGGAGAUGCAAUUGUUUGACUGUAUUCUUGUCGCUUCUUGUCACCAAUCUCGUGAUGGAAUUCUGGUAGUAGUCUUUGGAGAAUGCAAAGUGUGGCAAACCACCUCGGAUUGAUUCAUUGAUUGGUGAAUUCACUGUGCUAAACUGUGCAAUCACAUUUGUACCAUGUACAUGUGGUAUUCGCAGUCUGUGGCUUCCAAUUGUCGUGUUGUGGUCAAACAGUUUUACCAACUACAGUUUUACUAACUACAAUGCAUUAGUUGUCAUAUUAUUUCCAUAUUUCGUAGGGUAAACUCAAUUUUUCACCAAAUUCCAAAUGUUUGAUACCCCAGCCAAAUUAAGGAAAGGUGCAAUAUUUAGAAAAUAUGUGUUUGUGGUGUGCUUUCCGUGGUUGAGUCUGGAGAAAUAGACCUCAGCUUGAAAACUAACGCAAAGAAGGUUUAGAGUUAAAGCUACUUAAUAUCCCAAAUUCUUCUUUAAAACCUCAUUAUUUCCCAAUGUGGAAGAACCAAGAGAACCCACCCAAAUGUAAAUGACAUGUGGAAUUUAGUUUUAGUUCUCUUCAAAGCUCCAGGGGAAUUUUGUCCAAGUAUUUAAAGAGAAAAUGACGGUGGCUUAGAGACCAACUGUAAUAAGCGUAUAUUCCAAAACUGAGCAGGUGGUUGGCCUACCUGUUUUUGUCCAUGUACCUAAUUAUACAUAAAUGUUUGAUUUUAUUGGUCAAGUUAAAUGAUUUGUUAUCACCCGAGGUCAGUGUAGCAAUAUGCGUUGUGUACAAAGUUGCUGCAUAUCGUUAGCAUUGGCCAUGUUUCUUUUGUUUCCUCCUGUGUUGCACUACGCAGAGUACAAACUGUUCCCUCAACUUGAUUUAAAAGACGGGAUGUUGAGGUAACUGUGCGUUAUAAAAUAACUGAAUAGCUUUCAUUUUGCAUUGCAAUGUACAGAUACAGACUUAGAAAAUUGAUUUGGUAGAGCCUUAUACAAGGAUUUAUUUAGAAGUUUACGGUUAGAAGUGUAUUGUAUACUUUAAAUGCAUUAUUGUUUUGAUGGGGCACGGUGCCUUCAAAUUUUUCAAAAUGUUGCUGGACUUGCUCCUUAAACCUUUAAAAAAGUUGUUUACUUAUACAAGACCAUCCACAGUGUGUUGUAAUUAGUGAUUAGGCCUAGUGAUUAAAAAAAUACACGUAAAUUUGCCUACCUGGAAACAAAAUCUGCCGAACAUACAGUCCACUAUUUGUGGAGUCAAAAUGUUGAUUCUAUAAACUAGCUGAUCAUGUUCUUUCAUGAAACUUAAACACAAACACCACGCAACUUCAAGGGACACUUGUGUGAAUCAUUAUAUAUUAAUUUUUGUUAAAAUUAAAUUUUCAGUGGUCAUUAAUUAAACACAUCAAACAAAAAUCCCCUUUUUAAACCCCAAAGCGCACAAUCCGAAGGCAGCGUGCCCCUUUAAGAGUUUUUUGCCUAUCAAUGACAUUGUGUUAAUUUUGUCAUAAUUUUCACACAAAUGAUUGAGUUAGAGAUCAUAGCAUUAUUAUAGCGUUGUCGUCAUAUACAUCAUCAUGCAUGAAAUAUUGUUACCCAACUCAUUUAUUUCCUUUAAGAUAUUUUCUACAUUUUUGUAUACUUGAGGCAUGGUUAACAAGUAGGGGUGCAUUACUUAGGCCUACAUGCCAUAAUUUUCUUUUGAUCAAAAGAUCACAGUAUCAGAUGCCCGACAAUACAGUGAUAAACGUACUAUACAUAAUCAAGUGGGAUAUCAUUUUUCCUAUUUAUAAACAUAGAUACUUUGCUUUAUAUUGUGCAAAAAAAAACAAAAAAAACUAUCA